AUGGUCCACUACGUCCUGCCCUACACCAACCACACAAAUGUGCCCCUGAUGGCCAUCGCCGCUUUCUACGCCCUCCUGUUCAUGAUUGGGACGUGUGGCAACGCGGCGAUACUCUCCGUUGUCCACUAUGUUCGACAUCAGGAUCUACGGGCAAAACACAACAUGACGCUCGCCUACAUCUGCAUCUUGUGUAUUGUCGACUUCUUGUCGAUGUUGCCUCUGCCGAUGACCAUCAUCGAUCAGCUCCUCGGGUUCUGGAUGUUCGGCACAUUUGCGUGUAAACUCUUCCGGUUAUUGGAGCACAUCGGAAAAAUCUUCUCGACCUUCAUCCUCGUCGCCUUCAGUUUGGACCGAUACUGUGCAGUGUGCCAUCCACUGAGGUUAACGAUGCGAAGUCAGAAGAUCGUAACCCUGAUGCUGUCGUCAAUGUUCGGGCUGACCUGCUUGAUGUUGUCGCCGAUUUUGAUUUUUGCGCAUUCGAAG